UUUGAAGGGGAAUACUGUGAAAAAAAGCUCCUUCAAUACAGCAAACCAUCCAUUCUCACGAAAGAAGAAAGGUGAACAGGAAAUUAGGUAUGUGAGCUGUGAUCUGCAGAUGCAGGUCCACCACAACCAUCACAUGACGUGAAUUUCCUCUUGAAACAUUGUGGUGUUGGCUGCACAGCGGGGCAGGGCCACACGAGCAUUGAAGAACUGCUGCAGCAGGACGUGAUGGCGCUCUGAGGACUAAUACCAUGCAGUCCACCAUGAAUUUCAAUGGACUUCCACGCAAGGGCAGCCAAGAGAAUUACAUUCUGGAUAAUACUCUGAGGAAGAAAUGUUCCCUUUGGUACCGACGUUCACUGAAGGGAAACAAUGAUCGACCCCAUCACAACGCAGGCUCUCUGCCCAGAGUAUGCAAGCCCAAUCAAACUCGCUCCAACUCACUGGUUGAUUACUCUGACCCUCAGAGGACCACAAUUGUACUGGAAAAACAAGACAAUGAAACAUUUGGUUUUGAAAUUCAGACCUACGGCCUGCAGCUGAAGGACAGCUCUGCAGUGGAAAUGUGCACGUUUGUGCGCAAAGUGCAGGAGGACAGCGCUGCUGAGAAUGCUGGCCUGACCACAGGAGAUAUUAUCGUCACCAUCAAUGGGGUCAGCAUUGAAGGGUCAUCUCAUCAGCACAUACUUGAUCUCAUAAGAGAAUCCACCAACAGUCUAAAGAUGGAGACUGUAUGUGGGAAUAUAGUGAAGCAGAUAGAGCUGGAGAAGAGGAUGAACCUGCUUAAGCAAUCGCUGCGUGAGAAAUUGGUGGAGCUGCAAGGCCUCACGCUACAGGAACAACGUCUCAUGCGAGGUAACUUGAACCUCUCAGCGGACCCAUCAGCCAUUCUGCGCUCCCCCACAGUGCGCUGUGGCCGGCGUUUCUCUAGUGACAGUAGUUACAGGAGCACGAUGACAGAUGACAGUGACCAGGCCAGCGUGUUUGGGGAUCUGUGCUCUCCCAGCUCAUGCAGUGCAGCCAGCACCGCAGAGGACGGCUGCUUCUUCUCCAGAGACUUCCCCUCACACGACAGCUCCUGCAGGUUUUCCUCGAGCUCCAGCCGACACCACCAAUCCCUCAGCCACUGCAGCAGCUCCAGUUUGGCUGGCAGCAGCAGCUCCCUCUCUCCUUCCUGGGAGGAGACGAGGAUGUCCUCCUUGUUUGGUACCCUGCCCCGUAAAAGCAGGAGGGCCAGUGUUCGCAAACACAUCCUGAAGUUAAUUCCUGGACUCCAGCGAUCGGUUGAAGAGGAGGAGGUGGGAACCAACACUCAGUGACUUGUUGUUCACAUGCUCCUAUGGUGGCUACUUGAUAUCAAGGCUGAACAUGCUCUUGUCGCAGAAGGAAAUAUACACUGUAAUUAAGUGUUUCCCCACAUUUAAGGUUGGGUUAAACCUUUAAAAGAAAUCUGUUUUUGCCUUCAUGGGAAACAUAGAGAUGACAGACAUUUUGGGGCUCGGCAUUUGUCAAUGUCAAAGUUUACUCAAGAGGCUUCUGAGCCUUAAAACUGAGCCAGGCUCACUGCUUGGCUUAGACUAGUGGUAGCACAAAAGCAUUCUGACAAUAUUCUGUUGUUGAAAUGAAUAUAUGCAUACACGAUUAUAAUGUAGAUGAGAUUAUGUAUCCCACUAGCUUGAAUAAGAAACUGCAUUAAUCAGGAUGUGUGAACUAUCUAGAAGUGGUAUUCACGUAGCACCGUGGAUUUCCAAAUGAGACUAUGGCCUAAAACACAUGACAACAAUUUAUCUUUCAGGUCAGACAGACAUUUAAAGUAGUCUUCUCUGUCACGUUCAGGUGCUGAAAACCAAAACUAAAGCUCUACUCAGUAUAGAUAUCCGCUCAGCUCAUAACAGGAUGUGGGCCCAAGGGGCCGGUGCUGCUUCACUGUUUUCAUUUCCAACUUUAUUUUGUUGUGUACAACUUUCGAUGUUCGUUCAGAAACACUGAAACUGUUUCUUGUACAUUCUGAAUGUAAUUAAAUGUUUCAGUGGCAAGAAAAUACAACUUUUAACAGAAUGUCGUGUUUUAUUUGUUGGUAUCAAAUCAAGAGAAUCUGUAUGCA